UGGAGUUGGAGGGGGAGUGUGGAUGAGGAGCUUGGUGACAAUUCUCGAUCACCUCCAUGGAUCAUAGAAGAACCUCCAACCCCCUUUUCCCUCUCCUUCUGCUCCUCUUUGUCGCCUGUCCAUGUCUGAGUGGGCCAGCACGCUCUCCUCUCCUGCCUGGUCAGCCCUUCCUGAUUCUUUGGGCCGUACCAAACAAGGACUGUCUUGGUCGCCCUGAUCCGUCAGCUUUCGGAAUGGAGUGGGAGGGACGUGUUGCUGAAUUUUAUGAGGACUCACUGGGACUUUACCCAUAUUUCAAUACAGAGGGAGAGCCUGUGAAUGGCGGCCUGCCCCAGCACACCAGCCUGGAGCGCCACCUUCAGAAAGUGGAAGGGGACCUUACAGCAACUUUGCCACAGACAGGAAUGCCUGGCCUCGGAGUGCUGAGGUGGAAGGAGUGGGAGCCACAGUGGAGCCGAAACCUGGGGAAUCAGCGGAAGUAUUUGCAGACAUCGCGAGCAUUGCUCCGGGGUUUUUUCCCAGGCUGGAGCACAGACGAGGUGGAGAAAUGGGCUCAGGUGGACUUUGAAGCAGCAGCCCAAUUCAUACUCAUGGAGACCCUGAGAGAGCUCAAGAGACUCCGCCCACAGAGACUGUGGGGCAUGGCUCCAUACCCAAGCUGCUACAACUCUGAUCCCAAUCAGAUGCUGCUAGGCAAUUACACGGGCCACUGCCCUGCUGCAGAGAUGGCACUAAAUGAUGAGCUCAUGUGGCUAUGGAAGCGAAGUGAUGCACUUUACCCCAUCCUUGCACUGGAGAAACUCCCCGAUGGAACUAAGGGUGCAUGGCUGUAUGCAUCCAAUCAGAUCAGAGAGGCAUUAAGAGUGGCAGCUCUAGCAGGGACAACAUUUGAGCUUCCUGUUUUUCCACUGGUCAAGAGUAUGUACAUCUCUUCCAGUAGCUUUCUCUCCGAGGCUAAUUUGGUGAAUACUGUGGGAGAGAGUGCUGCACUGGGUGCAGCAGGAGUCAUUAUCUGGGACAGAUUCCUUACUACUAAAACACAGAAGUUGUGCUCUGAUCUUACCUCAUACGUGCAAGAAGUCCUUGGCCCCUAUGCUGUCAACGUAACCAUGGCAACACGUCUUUGCAGCAUGUCACUUUGCAAGGGCCUUGGCCGCUGUGUACGCAAGAAAGCAGAAGACCCUGUCUACCUGCACCUUCCUCCUGCCCACUUCCUGCUGCUACGCCGGGGAGCAGAGGGCAUCCGAGCAACGGGGCAACUCCCCCAGUAUUACCUGGAUGGGUGGAGACGGGACUUUCACUGCCAUUGGUUUGAGGCAUUGGAAGGAGCAGCUGCUGAUCAGGAGUCAGUUGGGAUUGAGAGUGGUGGUCAGAGGUCACUGCCCACAAUAAAGCCAAACAAUAUUGCUAUUCAUAUUGUGGGCACAUAUGGUCAGAGUGAAGGGAUUGAGAAGACAUUUGGGCAAAGUGAGGAGACAGUGGCUCCCAUGACGCCUGCUGAACAAGAACCGUCAAAAAGUGGCUGCCCCGCCCACUUUGUGACCAUCAUACUUCUCUGUGUUCCGACAUUCUUCAGCUUCACAAACUUUAACUUCUAAAUCUGUCUUCCUGACAGAUGGGGCAUACAAAAGGAACCAUUUGGCCUUGAUUUUAUUUGUUUAGCUUGAAUUGUCUAUCAACACUAAUGAUAGCUACAACAUAAGAGAAAUUAAUAUUGUUUAAUGGUAGCAGAGACAAAACUGUGGGAAGGUGAACUGGAUUCUCAGCAUAGUCAGUUUAAAGUAGUGAACAUCUAGCUAGUCCAUCUAGCUUGAGAUCCAUCAGCUUUACAAACUUUUCUUUGGCCAUUUUUUGUCUAAUUUAGCCAUUACAAAUCCCCACCCCUACCUAGAUCUCCUCGAUCACGUGACAGCUACCAAUCUAGGAACAUGAGGGCUAACAUAUGCUUCCUCUGAGAUGCAAGAAAGCAGAAAGCCAGCAAACAGCUCCCUAUGCAACGUCAUAGAGAAGAUGACAGCACUUACAAGACAACACUGGGUGCCCUUUUCUGUAUGUUUGAGGAAAGCCAUCUUUUUCAUUCAAUUAUACUGUCUUGGACUCCCCAGUCAGCUAUGACAAUCAGGAUGCAGAGCAUCACAAACUUUGACCUUUAAGAAGACAAGCUUGCUAAGAAAGCCAGUGUGUGUUAAAGACAAAACACAGACACAAAUGCAGGUAUGCACUGAAAAACUCAACAAUUUCUUAUUGUUCUGCUCAGUGAGCAGUAAGUAAUGGCCAUUUAAAUCUGCUUUUUGUAAGACAUUGUCGUGGGCUUGUAAAUAUUUAAAUUGAUUAAUAGUACUCAUUUUCUGUAGGCAUGUGACUAUGAUAAUAUAAAAUAAAGGUUCAGUAAUGUAGUCUCACACCAUUUGUCUAACAUUUCUGAUGUAAUUUACUGAGAUACGAAUGUGCACGCCACUCCUAUGGAAAUUUGCCUUAAAAGGUUAAAGUGGCAUUUUCCUGGACAGGAUUCAAAUUAUGCCAGAAGUAGACCGAAGAGAUAAUUAAUGCAUUAUGAAAGAAAAUGUAAGAUUAUUUACUUCCAGACUAUGAAGGCCUGAACUAAAUUAAACUAGCCUAAACUUGUACUACUGUGAAUUAGUGAAUCAUAAUAUUAUGUGGAAUGGAAAUUCAAAUUCAGCUAAAUUAAUAGCCAAAAAAACCCAAAAGAAAAACAAACAAACAAA